AUGGAUGUAUCCAUGACAAUAUGGACAAUCCUGUCAACUAUUCUGCAUCCACUGCCCGAGGUGCUUGUGAUCCUAGUAACAGGAAUAUGCGUUGCCAUUCAGGGUGCCAUGAGUUAUGCAACUAUUGGAGCAACCACUGCACUGAUUUUAAUCGUUGGAAUCAUUGCAAUCGGGUGCAUUUUUUACUUCAAGAGAGUCGCAUCAAAGAGGGAUCGGCAAGCAGAUGAGUCCAUAUUGACACAGAGAUCAAGACAACUGAAAACAGGAGAUAACUACACAGUGCAUCAAUACGUGGAUAUAGACGAUUACGAUGAAGUAUCUCAGAGGCAAUGGCAGCUACAAGGACGGGCAGAGGAAGGAGCUUACGAUGAAGUAUUUCAGCUGCAUGGACAGCAACAAGGACCGACAGAGGAAGAAGACUACGAUGAAGUAUCUCAAACCCAUGAUCAGCAACAUGGACCGGCAGAGGAAGGAGACAACAGUGAUCCUGCACUUCCUGCUUUGGCUGACAACUUUCCUGAGCCACAUGACAGUGAAUAUGAUGAUGGUAUUCCUGUACUACCUGUGUUGGCUGAAUACUUUCCCGGGGCACAGGCUACAGAAGAGAGCAAUGGAGGUGACACAUUACCUGAGUCAGUGAGUGGUUCCCAGUCAUACACUCCCUUAAUGAGGGAUGUGUUUGUUGAUGAUGCGAGAACUGUAGUCACGUAUAUAUCACCAACUGAAGACAACACAUAGAGUAGCAAUGGAAAAUACUUUAUGCCUGAAAUACCGAUACAUUAAAAUACGCAAUGUUGUAACCUUUGUUUUACACUCUGUCAGAGUGUUUUCAACACAUGUUGACUAUAUGAACAGGUCACCUAGUCACAUGCUGUAUCUUCACAGAAGGCUGGUUGUGAUUCAUCACCAUCCUAAGACCAGUAGCAUCUGUAGUUAAUGUCAUUAUGACCAGAGUGUUGAUCUGUGGUGUUCGACAACUAACAAACCUUUAAACUUGUGCGCAUGAUAUAGGUUCACGACUACCUCGCCAUGUUUGUUUUAUACGCCUAUCACCGACAUUCUAUAACACAGCGCAUCACGGCUCAGAUAUCCACGAGCCUCUGUUGUCUGUCUGGUGACAGGAAUACUAUUCUUUGUAAUGCUUUCCGCAGGCAUCAUGGGGAUGAAGCUUGGGAGUAAAACAAUCAGACAAGUAGUGGACAUCCCCGUUGGAACUGUUGGCUACCACUUGCUGAACUCUUGCACUAUGAAUAUCAAUCAGAAUUUCUGUUCUGAAGGCAAAAUCUAAACAAAAUAAUUUGGCCAAUAGGUUUAACUUAAUCCUGAGGGAUAUUAAUGAUCUAAGACAUGGUCGAAAUCGUAUCUGCUCUGGAUGGAUAUUUCACGCCAACGUGAAAGGGUUUUAUUCAUUUUGUGUAUUUGUUGGUGAUCAUCGUCUGUGCUGAUUUAGCUGUCUUGUUAACUAUAUAACCACCCUAUGAAAAUAAAACUGCAAACUGUC